AUGAAAUUUCGGGCCGUGGUGUUUCAGCCCUUUUUUUGCGGAGGAUUGACGAUGGAGGUCCCAGGGCCCUCGGUUUUCGGUUCACUCCGCAUAGCUUACCGCCUUACGGCCUCAUCACUGUCGCCUGUGCGCCGUGACGAAGUUGACCGCUGGCUUGGUCCAAUGCGCACAGCUAUUGUUUUUAAGGCACCUAAAGGAUGCGCGGAGCUGGCUUUUGUAAGAAUAGUGAAAGAUGCGCCGACGCGCGAAAUGCGUUCGGUCCAGAUGAAGCUGUACGGCGGCAAAGAAGUACUACGGGCGGUCACUGACGGAUGCGAGGAUGGAGCACCGCUCUGCAUACCUCCUCACAGAAGACCGCCGUUUUUGGAAAACAAAAUCCAGCAAUCGAUGUCAAUUGCCUGGUUGCUGCAGAUGUCCGCUGCCCUGGGUCUCUUCUCGUUCACCUGCCUCAUUGCGAUGUUCGUUUCAUGGCAUGUUGGCGUGCUGGUCCAUACGAUGAUCCGGCAUCAAUACCGCCUCCUGAAGAUCGCCUUCCCCAUCAUCCAACCGUUAUCCAUCUUUACACCAUCCAUUCAUCUCCAACUUCAUCAUCUCAUAUAGCGCCUGAAAGCGCCUGAAGAAAACUUACUGAAAGCGUCCGUGGGCGGCGGCUGCCGUGGCCAUGGAACCAUUGAACCUGUGCGGCAUUGCUACUGCUACUGCCGCUGCUGCUGCGGAUCAUGCUGCACCGCGGACGAGGCACCGGCGGUGGCCCCGGCCCCGGUCACAGCCCUGCCUCCCGAGGUCACACCGCAGCAUUUGUUAACAGCUUGCUGGAUUACGGAGCUCGCUUCGGUCGAGGAAUAAAGAUGUGCACCAUCAUCGUCAUUUCCGUCGUCCAUGCUGCAAUCAUUAACGCACACGAGCUGCAAGGUUGUCACUGCCCAACCGACCACCAGAUGCGCGCGGCAAGGCGGAGCAAUGCGGCCUUCACGCAUCCGGUCAUACUAAAACAUGCUGCAACCGAAUUAGUUGCAGAACGCAACGGUAGCAAAGCGUGGCGCGUCAGGGGGCACCUCACAGCUCC